UCUAACGGGACCACUGGAUACGUAGACAUCGUCGCGCGGUUGCUGCUCUUCUACUUAAUGUGUUCGUAAUGGGCGCCCGACGUUCCCAUCGUUCGUACUUAAUAAAUUAAUAUAAACAAAAAAUAUACACUUUAAGCAAAUAAAUGAAAAUAAAAACCAAACCACGCCCGAAAGGCUGAUAAAAUGCAAUUCAUUGUUUUGGCAGCAGGGCGAAUAGCAGCUAGCAAACGCGCUACAAUGUAAAGCAUAUCGAGCAUAAUGCCAAAAUCACACAAUGAAGCGUCAUACAAUUACGCUAUAAAAUAAAUAUUUAAUGGCUGGAAACAUACAUUUGAAAAGUACAUAAAACAAAGUGUUAUUCAUUGCAACUUCCCACCGACAGCAGAUGGUAUUUGAUCGAUCCAGCGAUGAGAGCGCCAUGAAUACGCCGACUAUGAAUGCCAAUAUGAAUAUGAGCACGGGCAUCAAUGGGAGCACAUAUAUUGACCAGCCGUAGGAGCCAACAUAUAUGUAUGUACGACGCCAUCGUUGAUGAUGAUAACAAUAAAAUAUGAAAAUUCAAAAAAUGCAAAUUGUCAAAAUCUGAGGGUGCACAAUAAAAUCGACCAUAAAGAACAUCAAAUCAACAGCGGACGCUAAGCAACGAUAACAUACACACACUCGACACCAACGUCAGCCAAUAGCAACACAACAACAAAUAGCAACAACUACAACAACAACAACAGCAAACAAGCAAAUCAACUCUGGCCGGUGGCAAUGGCCGAGCCGGAUCCAAAUCCCGCACAGCAUCUGCAAUGGCAGCGCUGCCAGCAUCCUGCUCUGGAUCGACCACAGCUACAGCAGCAACCUAGCAAAUGUCGGCACGUGCACAACGAGUGCUCCUGGGGCCAUGGCUGGAGCAGAGUCGCCUGGCUGCUGGCUGCUGUGUGCCUGCUGACGCGGCCCGUCAUGCCGGAAGUUAUUUAUCGAGUUGAUCCUUUGGCCCUGCUGGCGGCCACCUUGCGGACGUACCAGCGUGCCGGAUGCGAUUCAGAACAGCUGUCACUCAGCUGUCCACGUGGCACUAGCAUUUCCAUAGAGCUGGCCCAGUACGGACGAGCGGGCGAUUUAUCCGACCACAGCUUGUGUCCGCCUGUGUCGCAGGAGGACCUCACCACGACCGGAAGUGCCGGCGAUGCUGUCAUCCACAGCGGCACAGAAAUCGAAGUCAAACCGCCGGAAACGUGUACCGUAAGCGGAUUACAGUACGCCCUGCUGCAGACUGUGGUGGAUGCCUGCCAAAAGAAGAGGCACUGCAAGUUCGCUGCGAAUUCCAAAACGCACACAAGCACCGAUCCCUGCUCGGGCAUUCGAAAAUUCGUCGAGAUUGCCUACAAAUGCCGUCCAUACGAAUUCCGGAGCAAGUUGGCCUGCGAGAAUGACAACAUGCCGCUGAUGUGCAAUCCAUACUCACGCAUCGCCAUCUACAGUGCUUCCUUUGGCCACACGGAGCGAGAGACUGUGCAGUGCGGUGGCCCGGGGACGCCGCCCGGCACCGUGCGGAUCAAUCGGGAGGAGAAUAGCCAGCCCACCUGCCUUGUGUCCUAUGCCACCGAGACUGUCAUGCAAAUCUGUCAUGGACGGCGACGCUGCUCGGUGGCCGCGGACGCCGGCACCUUUGGUCGUCCCUGCAAGGCCGAUGUGCGCAUGUAUCUGAAAGUCGUUUACACAUGCAUACCCCGCAAAGUGCUCAAGGAUCGCUAUGAGACAGCUGCGGAGGCGGACGAGCCGCAGCAAACAGACUUGGACAUGGACCAAGAUGAACUAUAUGACGAGGAUCAGUUCUACAAGGAGUCGGAGGCGAUCCCACCGGCACCCAAACUGCAGGGGGCCAACGUGGGUCGUUCCUUUGACUUUGACACCAACAACGUUGGAGAAGAGGCAACGAGCACACUUCUGCCCCCAUUGCUAUCGCGCAACGAUGGCUCGUUAGAAGAGCGUCUGCAGGCAUCAGUGCGACUGUUGAACCGCAUAAAAAUGUCAUUCAACAAGCAAUUGGUAACUGAGUCGGCUACAACCACAACAGUGGCCAGUGAGCACAUCAGCACAACCGCUGAGGGGGCUUCAAUUAUAGAUAAUGAGGAUAGCACCAUUGAGCUGGCGACCGAAGGCUCGGACAUCGGUGCCGGGAACGGGACCGCCAAUACAAAAUGGAGCUAUGAGAAGGGCAACUACUUCUAUCGCCGCAAGUGCCAGAUGGUGGAUGAUUGGGGUACAAUAGGUUUGAACUGCACCGAGGAGGACAUCGUCACUGAACGUGUCGAAGUGGUUGGUUUCUUGGCAAAUUGGCUGCACACCUAUCUGCACAUUCGAAAGCACCAGGAACAGUUUUACCUGUAUCUAAUCAUAUCGGUGACAGCGGGCGUUCUCCUGUGCCUAACGCUUGUCAUCGGCCGACUCACCCUGCAGCGUCGAGGCAGCCGUUUGAAGAGGAGCUCCAGUGUCAGUGGCGUGGCGAAAAACUUUGCUGAAACUCCAAUCGAUGGCACAAGUGGAAGCGGCGCUGCUGGCGGAGGGGCCGGCAGUAAUUUCCAACAGAUGGCAACAGGUGAAACCCAUCUGGGCGACACUUUCGGUGACGACAUCUCCGACAUCGAUGUCGACGUUGACUUAACAGCUCCGAUGCCAUUGUCUAGUCUAUCAUCACGGAACGAGACCUCCUACAUGACAUACGCACCAACGCCCAACUGUAGCUACGCUGGCUUAACAGGCGCUCAACCACAUUCGCAUCCACUGCCAGCGCCACAUCCACAUCCACAUCCAUCCUCUACGGCAACCAGUGUGCUGAUGGCACCGCACACGCAGCCCAACAUUUACACCAGCAUGGGCCAUCCAGCUGUGAGCGGAGCAAUGACCAUAGGUCCUCACAUGCUGGGCCCCUCAAGCUUGGGCGGCGUAUCGCCAGCUUAUCUGAGUGGCACCAUCAUGGUGCCCGGACACCAGCACACGCACGGCGGCACCCUGCGUCGCACUCUAAUACCAACCAGCAUGGGUCUGAUGAGUGCGCCCUCGCCGCCGCCGGCGAUGCUGGGCACUGGAGGCGGCAUGACGCUGCCGCCGCACUCGAUGCCCGCCACCAGCGGCAGCGGCGUCUACUACGAUAGCACAGUGCCACGCAGUCUGGCGCGCGGCAUGUCUACGGAGAGCGGCGGGCAGUAUUUCCUGGGAUGACACUCGCUCAACCGCAAGGCUUCACUGCCCGUCGCCAUUGCGGUGCGGCCUCAGCCGCACUUGAACUUUAACAUGCUGCCAAUGUCGGCGACUGUGGGCUUGGGCUCACCCUUGGUGACGGAGUCCAGUGGCAGCCGAGCGGGCACGCCCACCAAUGCUAAUGGUAACAAAACGGAUAUACCAGCAAUCACAGUGACGGCCUCGCCGGGGCCGGCUUCCAUUCUGCUGGGCAACAUGAAACCGCCGAAUUCUGGCACUGACACUCGUGCGACUACGCCCACCGGUAACAGCGGCAUGCCAAUGUCCUCGUCUGGACGAAGCCAAUGUUUCUAGGAUCAGUUUAACAGUUCAGCAAUCGAUUUCAAUUGUCUCUCUGAAACUGAUCGGAGUCAAGGACCAGUGGACGAAGAUCUAUUCUACUUGUAAAUAGCAUAAAGACUCAAUUGUCGCCCUGUUUUCCAAUUCAAGUUAGUAAAAUUCGAAAUAACAAUUUAAGCAUAUUUCUGCGAUUAACCAUAAAUGAAGACGUUCAGAGGCUACCCUGUAAUCAUAACCAAAUCAAAUUACCUUCAAAGGGCUAGAAUAGGCAUGGAUACUCGAUACACGAACUCGUGCAACCGAGCGUUUCCAAUCGUUUUAAUGCAUCUAGAAAAUUCAACAUAUUUAGCAUCAAUUUUAAUGCCAUUGAACAAAACGUAUAUUGAAGUCUCUCAAAUACAUUGGUAUACUUAGAGUAAUACAGUUUAUAAAUAUAAAUAUAAAUAUAUAUAUAUGAUACUCAUCUUUCAUGAAUUUCUAGUCUUAAGCGCAUGAGAUUACAUUAAGAGCAUGAGAUUAAUUUUAUUUGCCUUAAAGCCAAAAGUGGUAAAUUAUAGAAAAACCCAGAAAAUACUAAAAAUUUGUAUAUCUCAAGUCUAAAGUAAUCAAAGUUACAAAGUAGAACAACAUCAAAACAGUAAUUCAAUAUACGAAUUCUACAAUCCGAAUAGCUAAACUCUGCAAUGUCAGCGCAAUAGAGUUACAUAGAGUAUAAAGAAGAAGAACAAAUACUUUAUAUAUGUAUAAACUUUUGACUAAGAGAUGAUUUAAUUUAUUAAUCCGCCGAAAAGGAAACAUUAUUCCGUUACUUAUCAUUCAUAAUAAUAAAGCAGGCUAGAAGGAAUCUUUGAGAUUCAUGAGAGCCGCAACAGAUGUAUUUGGCAAAUUUAAUCGAGCGUCAGGUUUCAAAGACCCAAAGCUGAUUUUCUAGAUAAAUAUGUGCUUCAAGGCAAGUGCACAAUAAAUACAUCAAUUACUACAAAAACAAAAUAUCCGUUCACAUAAUGAAUGUGCUAUCAAUGUUAAAUAUAAUCGUUCAUAGUGAAUCGUAACACAUACCAGGAUAAAUAGUUGA